CCCUAGCCUCCGGUAUAUAAGCUCUCUCUAGCGCCCCUUGCCCGAGCCCUCGCACGCGCGCCGCCAUCUCCCCGUCUACGCCGCAGCAGCCGCCUCCUGCUACUCGCCGCCGAGAUGACGAAGCGCACCAAGAAGGCUGGAAUCGUCGGGAAGUAUGGAACCAGGUAUGGUGCCAGUCUGCGUAAGCAGAUCAAGAAGAUGGAGGUGUCUCAGCACUCCAAGUACUUCUGUGAAUUCUGCGGGAAGUUUGCUGUGAAGAGGAAAGCUGUUGGAAUUUGGGGAUGCAAGGACUGUGGGAAGGUCAAGGCUGGUGGUGCCUAUACCAUGAACACGGCUAGUGCGGUCACCGUCAGGAGCACCAUCCGCCGUUUGAGGGAGCAGACCGAAGCUUGAUCGCACUACUACUGUUAUCUUGAGGAAUUCAGUAGUUCUGUAGUGGAAUUAAAGACUUCAAAUAUCUGUAUUUUGGCUAUUCAGCAACGGAUAUCUGUUAGUAAUUUUGUCUUCUGAUUUUAGGAUCUUUGAAACCUGGAGGCAUGUCCCUACAGUUGCCUGUUAUGCUUUAUGUCAUCCUGUUUCUAUUUGUGAUGCCAUUGUUACUUCC